CUGAAGCGGAACCGGCCGUUUCCGGAAGUCGGCAGCCGCCCAGGCCACCCGACUGGUACUUGGAACAGAUCAGUUGCAGUCGUCAAGUUUUGCGGUUCCCGGUGUUUUGGCUCAGCCUGUAACGGCGGGAAAGGAAAAUGGCCCUACUGUGCUACAACCGGGGCUGCGGGCAGCGCUUCGAUCCCGAGACCAAUUCCGAUGAUGCUUGUACAUACCAUCCUGGUGUUCCAGUCUUUCAUGAUGCAUUAAAGGGUUGGUCCUGCUGUAAAAGAAGAACAACUGAUUUUUCUGACUUCUUAAGUAUUGUAGGCUGUACAAAAGGUAGGCAUAAUAGUGAGAAACCACCCGAGCCAGUCAAGCCAGAAGUCAAGACUACUGAAAAGAAAGAACUGUCUGAAUUGAAACCCAGGUUUCAGGAACAUAUCAUUCAAGCACCAAAACCAGUAGAAGCAAUAAAAAGACCAAGCCCAGAUGAACCAAUGACGAGUUUGGAAUUAAAAAUAUCUGCCUCUCUAAAACAAGCACUUGAUAAACUUAAACUGUCAUCAGGGAAUGAAGAAGAUAAGAAAGAAGAAGACAGUGAUGAAAUUAAAAUUGGGACCUCAUGUAAAAAUGGAGGGUGUUCAAAGACGUAUCAGGGUCUACAGAGUCUAGAAGAAGUCUGCGUGUAUCAUUCUGGAGUACCUAUUUUCCAUGAGGGGAUGAAAUACUGGAGUUGUUGCAGAAGAAAAACCUCUGACUUUAAUACAUUCUUAGCCCAAGAAGGCUGUACAACAGGGAAACACAUGUGGACUAAAAAGGAUGCUGGGAAAAAAGUUGUUCCAUGUAGACAUGACUGGCAUCAGACUGGAGGUGAAGUCACCAUUUCAGUAUAUGCUAAAAAUUCACUUCCUGAUCUUAGUCGAGUAGAAGCAAACAGUACAUCAUUAAAUGUACACAUUGUAUUUGAAGGAGAAAAAGAAUUUCAUCAAAACGUGAAAUUAUGGGGUGUGAUUGAUGUAAAACGAAGUUAUGUAACUAUGACUGCUACAAAGAUUGAGAUAUCCAUGAGAAAAGCUGAACCUAUGCAGUGGGCAAGCCUUGAACUGCCUACAACCAAAAAACAAGAAAAACAAAACAAAGAUAAUACAGAUUGAAUGGAAAAAGGAAAAAAGCUGUUGCCUCUUUCAGAAAUCAUAAUGAUGUGUGGUGAAGUUGUGGCUUGCUGCUGUAAUCUUUUAUUGUUGCUGUUUGUUUGUAAAUCUGGCAUUUCAGGGUUAACAUUAGGCUUUUAAAAGCCUAAAUCAGGUUAUCUUUUUGUCUUCUGUUUUCCCUUUGAGAGCUGUAAGAUUGACUGUUCCUAUGUGUGUCCCAUGCUUGAAGCUAGACAAUAACUCAUAAAUAUAAUUGCAGGAUUUCUCAGUACAGUAUACCAUUCAGCACAAAAGUAAUGUAGGACUUUUUAAAGAACUUUUGUCCCAUAAUUACAAAAUAUGUCAUGGAAUGUUGUUCCUAUAAAACUUGAAAGUUUUUGAGGAAAAUCUGUAUUGUCUUCCCUAUGUGGACAGUUUUUCUAGGAAGAUUAAUUCUGAGAAUCCCGUAGGUAAAAGGGAAUAUGCUGACUAACAAAUUUGAACUUUUUUACAAUUUAAGAAAUAGAUACCUAUAUUAUUUGCCAGGCAUAUGAUUUAAAAUACAUGAAAUAAAAUUAUACAAGUAUCAAUUUGGCUAAAAUUCACCGUUUUAUAGGACUAAGCAAUAAAUGUUAAGAAAUCUCUGCUGAUUAUUUGUAUGGUGUUAAUGAUUAAAUUGUACCUGAUUUGCAAUCUAAGUCUUUUAAUCUUUAAGUUACUUACAGAAAGAAAUACACAGAUGAUUUCCAUAAUGGAUGAAAAACUAAAAUUAUAAACAUGAAGGUUUGUGGAAAUACAUUGGAGGAUAGUAGUUUUGCUUUAUGAUAACUAUUACAUGUUCAAUAAAGUUAACUUAAUUUUUUCAGGUUUGUUAAGCUUUCCUGAAGAGCUUUAUAAUUGUAGUGACAGCAUUAAUUACAGUGCUUCAUUUCCAUUAAAUGCAGGAAACACAGAAUUUCAAUUGUUUAUGCCAAUUGCAUCUAUUAACAGGUUAUGUUUUGAGUCAGUGUGGAGCUCCAGAAGAAAUUGUAUAUUUAGAACUGUUAGAAAAUUUAGAACUCUAGCAGAACUUAAUAGAUUUCGAGAUUAGUCUUAUAUUUAUUAAAGUAAAAGGGAUUUAUUUUUCAAAAUCCCUUGAGUUACAGGAUUCUUAGAAAUUGCUGAAGUACUUUUUUAGUUAAUACUUGGUAUAUAUCAUUCUGUUGUCGGCAAAUAACUAUUUGAUGUUAAUUACAUGAUCAAAGAUUUAGCUCUGUCACAAUUAUAUAGGCAGAAAAUUGGCAGCUGUGCUUUGCAUGUUGACACUGAAAUAACAUGGCAAGAAAUUUGUCAGUAAGAAGAUUACAUAAAUCUCCAAUAUUGAAAGAGAUUUGCAUCUUUUCCCAUUGUAGAAACUUGGGUCCAUUUAGAGACAUGAAGUUUUUUUAUUGUUUGUAGAAAAAGGUUGAUACUUAAUUUGAUUCACAGUAAUUUUUCUUUUGUCAUUGUAAUGUUUCCUUCUUGAGGCUGCUUUCUCCUGAACAUAUCUUAAUCUAUUAUGGUUGAACUGUUAUUUAAAGCAAGUAAAAUAUUCUCUGAUUUAGUUAAAAGCACCAUUUCUUUUUAUACAGCUAUAUAGACCAGUUUCAUUGGUCAUAAUUUCAUUUUUCCUAAGAACCUAUAUUGCCCAGAUAAAAAUUUAAAUACUUACCUUAGAAUGAUGUAUACACACAAUAACAAUUAGAUAGAAUGUUUUAUUCUAUAAAUUUCUCAAAGUUAAUAAAAAAUGCUUGUUGACUUUACUGAAUCAUUUCUCUAGAAAUUGUCUGUCUGUGUUAGCAUCAAAAGGAAUUACUGUCACAGCAGUAAAAGCAAGAUGUAUAAUGUACUAUGUAACUUCAUUUUAACUUUUGUUUUUAGAUAUUUUACAAAGGAGUUCUAAAAAGCAGAAUUUUGAACAUUAAUCUCCUUAUGUUAAAAACCCUCCAAACCCAUAGAACAUUUAUAAAACUAAAAAUUAACCUUAAUGUAGUACAGUUCUUCUGUAAGUAGAACAUUUAAUUUUAGCCCAUGUAUUUUUAGUUGUACUGUUGAAGUAUUAUAAACAAGCAUAUGAAUUGAAAUUCCAUGUUUACAAUUUAGUGUAAUUUACUGGUGUAACUGUAUUGGUGCAAAAUUGGUUCUAAUUAAUUUUGUGACAGGAAUUUUCUUAGCAAAUACAACUUGUGUUUUUGUUGUUUUGUUUUUGUUCUUUAUUGCUGCAGAUUGAACCCAGUGCCUUCACACUGAGCUACAUCCCUGGCUCUUUAUUUUAAGAUGGGGAUCUUAAUUAGUUGCUCAGUCUGGGCUCAAACUUGGACUCUUCCUGUCUCAGCUUCUCAGGGGGCUUGCUAUGCUUAUCGAUGUGCACUGCCACACCCAGCUUGUUUGGUUUUCUUUAAAUAGUUCUUCAACCAUCAAAGAUUGAACAGGAUCCUAAAACAUUCUUGGAAAUAUUUUAUGGGCCCUUUGAGUUACAUCUUACCUAACCCCCAUUUAAAAAAAAAAAAAAAAUCACUUAUUUCCAAGCCUGAAAAUGUGUGUCUUGCUUAUACCCACAGUAAGUAAACUUGUAUAUGUAAGUACUGUAUGCCAGCUCGUUGCGCCACUGGAGCUCCAUAGUAAACUUAAAUACAGAUUCAUUAGAUAGGCUAUUUUAGAGGAUUUCGAUAUGUACUGUGUAACUUCUUUUUUGUUUAGGACACAGUCUUACUAUGUGUAGUUCAAGCUGGCUUUGAACUUAUUAUCCCUGUAUUGCAGGCAGGCCUCAAACUUAGAGCAGUCCCCUUGGCUCAGCCUCCCAAGUACUGGGAUUGCAAGCAUAUGCUACCACACCUUGAAGGAACUUUUUUAAAAUUUAAUAGACUUUGUUCUUUGCAGAUUAUUUUGACUUGGCAUUUAUGCAUGAUACGUAUUUUGUAUUCUGCCAGUAUAAGUCUGUGGUUUGAGUUCUGAAAUGCAGUCUAUUUAGGUAUUAUCAAUAAAUUAUUUCAUUUUCCUUUUUAAUAGGUUAUCUCCCCACUACCCACCCAACUGUAUUCUUACAUCUGUUCUUACAACUUAAAUUAAUCUGGUGUUGCUAAUUUUAAGUAGCAAUAAAUGUGUAUAGUUGAAUGUGACACCAUCUCUAAAAUGCCAGGCUUGCAAAGUUUUUCCUGCACGUUGUUUGAUUUUAUGUUUUCAGGGACUUAAGAUUUUAAGAAGUCCAUCAUGAUUUUCAUUGGUUGGUUUUUAGUUUUUGAUUUUGAGACAUUCUUACUGCUUAGCCCAGGCUAGCUUCAAACUGGAAGCAGUCUUCUGGCCUGUUGCCUCCUGAGUGCUAGGAGACAUGAACUACCAUGCCCAGCUGCUUCAUGAAUAGUUUUCUGAAGAUGAUAAUCAUCAUUAAAUAAUCGUUAGUGAUUUUUCUUGGUUUUCUAAUUUUAAAGGCCAUCUUUAAUAUCCCUUAAAGUGAAAUUAAAAUGACAAUCUUAAGCUUUUUUUUAUGAUGUUAUCUUUUUGAGACAGGAUCUCACUGCAAUUCAGGCCAGCCUUGGGCUUACUUUGUAGCCCAAGCUGGUCUCAAACUCAACGAUCCUAUCUUAGCCUCCUGAGUAAGAACUUUAGCAUUUUAUGUUGCUUAAAGAUUGUUUGAAAGUAGUUCGUCAUUCCCUUUCCUAUCAAGUGAUCAGAUUAGCUUUUAAAAAAAGAUUUAGCUAAUUAAAAGAAGCGAUUAAAAAGGGAGGACCUUAAGUUUGAGGUCCUUUUCCUCCCAACAAAUUAGAUGAGAUGAUCAAUGGAGGUUUUUUGGAUGAUUAACUUGUGUCCUCUUGAAAACCGCAUUAAUUAUAUUUAAAUGUUUUUGUCAGAUGUCUUUUUUUUUUCUACCAGUGUUUUAUCUAGGAACCCAAAUUAUGUGUAUUUAGUCAUGUUUCAAUAGAUGAGUUUUGACACCUUCUCAGGCUCAAAACCCUAAGUUUUGAGGAAUACUGGUUAUUUCUUAGAAUGUCCUUCAGCUGAGAUUUGUCUAGUAUAUUAUUAAAUAAACUGACAUGUUUGGGGAAAGACAAACCAAAGUGCCAUAUUUUUCCAGUUAAGGGGAAUGCGUUAUUCCAUCUCAAAAGAAGAGUUUCUAGAAGUUCCUUUGAAUUUUUCUGCACACAUUUGCUUUCUUACCACUUAUGGGUAAGGUGUAGAGUAUAAAUGUGUGUAUUUUGUUUGGGGUUAAGUAUUAGGUUGCUUAAAUUGUUCCAGGUUAUUGCAACAUCUAGGUUGGUUUCCAUUUUCUUUUGUCAUGCCCGUUGCAUUGUUUUUGUGUUAUGUGACUUUGAAUUUUUUAUUUAGCACUGUAUUCUGGUAUUUCAAGAUGUUCCCAUUCUGUAUGUUUUCUAUCCAAGUCCUAGAAUUAGCCAUUUCUCUGAUAAUACUUUUUAUUGGUAAAUGGUAUCUGAAACUUAUCUAGAUACUGUUUAUUUCUAGAUGAAUUUGUUAGGAAAGAAUAUGUGGAGGUGGAGGAGAGCCCAGUAGUGUGAGGGCAUAAAUACAACAGAAAGGAUGAGAAGGAUAGAUGAGUCUCAGGAUAUUGAAACUAUGCGAUAGGAAAUUAUAAAAUCACUUACAUUUUUGGAAAUGGAGGGGCUAAAGAAUAGAGACAAAGGUUUUGGAGGACAUGAUUUUUCUCGGUGGGGCUGCUAAGUCCAAAAAUCUGAACAAAUUAACAUGAAGUUAUUCAGGGUGUUAAAAUCUGAAGCUUACCAUGAGGCCUCAUCUCACACUUGAGUAUAGGAAAUUGUAAGUAAGCAGGCAUGAUUUAAGUAUUUCAUUAUUUCACUAAGCUGAUUAGGAUGCAAAGUUGAUGGCAUUCUGAAGUAGAAGGCAUUUUACUAGAAAAUAACUGCCUUUGAGUAAGAUGUAGUAUGGGUACAUGGGCAUGGAAAUAAGUAAAUGCAACAAAAGAUUGAUGCAUACACACUAAAUGCAGUUUUGAGUCCCCACCAUUUGUAAUGGAUCUCGCAUCCCCAUAUGGUCAAAGUUAACAGAAAAAUGGGGAAGAAAGACAAAAACCACACAAGUCUAUCACAGACACUUGAAUCUGAGAAUCAGUGAUUAAAGUAUGAUAUAGCUAUAUUUUACAGUGCAGCUUUGGGGACUUCGUGUGCUGGGAAAUCAAACUCUGCUUCAGGUGUAUUAGGCACAUUCUACCAGUGAGCUGUAUCCCCAACUCCCUGAAAUGGUUUCUUUUUUCUUUUGAACAAUGUAGUUUUUUUUGUUUUUGUUUUUGUUUUUUUUUUUAACAUAGAGAUGUUAAUGUUUUCUGUGUUCUUGGUUCAAAUGAUAGUAUUAAGGCUUUUUUCUGUUUUAUUCAAUACUUUGUUCACUUGUUAUAUGUAUAAUUAGUCAAACAUAAUCUGCUUCCAGGAAAGCUUCUGAAAAGGAAAACAAAAAAAUAAAUAAAAAUGAUGCUAAAAAUCAACCUAUAAACUUGCUGUGGAGCUCAUAUAAUGGACUUUCCGAAUUGUUCAAAGGACAAAUACUGGAAUUCUGAUGCAAAACAAAACACAGCUAGGGGCCAGUAGGAGGGAAGCCCAGUCCAUAAAGACUAGGAUGUACAAAGGCCUAAGUUCGGAGACAGUAUUGGAACAUUGACUCUUGUUUGCUGACCUCCCAAACUUUUUACCAUUGCUACCUCUUAAGCAAAUAAUUCAACAUUGAGUUUGGAAAUCCUUUAGUACACUGGUAGUAGCAAGGAUAUCACAUUUUCUGCUGAUUAUCCUCUAGUAAAAUACCUAGUAUUUGGGAAGCCUGAAUUUUAACCCAUGCCUGGAAUCCAAAUAAGCCCCAGGAGUGAAGACAGUUGAUUGUCUCAGCUAUCUAAAGACUCAAAGACAUGCUGUAUGAUCAGUGCUUUUGCAACUGUUUUGAUAUCUGAAAAUACCUGCAUGUUUUUUACUUGCUAUUGCAAUUGGCUGUUUACUGGCUAUUGCUAAUUACAACAUCCCUGAGACUUGCGAUCACUAUUGAAGGAUUUUUUUAUAUGAUUACAUUUAUUUAUGAAGAUCAUUCUGGCCAAAGUCAGUAUAACUGAUACAAGAGUGAAAGGAAGUUGGUGACAUUUAAGUGAAAGAUACAUAUUGAAUAAUCACAUUGAAGAUCAGAAGUGGAUGAAUUUAAGAGCCACUGAAAAGAUAGAAGAAACAAAGCAAAUGAGUCCACGGUUACAAACAAUGGCAAACUUAAGUUCUACGUAGUAUAAUUUUUACUAUUUUAUCCUGAUUUCAUUUAUUUGCCUAAAAGCUCAAAGUCCAAUUUCUGUAUGUGAAAUUCUGAAACAAAUAAGAAUUGUGUGAAGGUGGUCUAUGUAUAUGCAUAUGUAAAUCAACAUUUAAAUUCUCAGACCGAGCAGAACUUACAAAAGUAUUAUCUAACCCAUUAUAAAGGGAGUAUAUCCUGAUAAAUUUUUAAGCAAUUCAGAAAAAUACAGAAAAUUCAAGUCAUGUUGAAGUCCACCACUCCAAGGUAGCCACUUAAGACAUUUUGUCUGAUACCUAUUUUAUCACCAUUUCUGCAAAAGUAAGUCAUGGACAACUUACCCAAAUAAAUGAAAAAUGUACAUUGUUUUUCUGAUUACUGCUGUAUUUUUAAUGUUAAUAGUCAUUUCACUUUCUCAUGAUGAAAAAAAAUCCUUGUAUCACAUUUCAUUCUAUUCAAUUUUCGGUAUAAACAUUUGGGGAGUUUUCUGAGUUAAGGUUUAUAUGCACUUUAUUCACACACAUUGCUUACUAACUUCCUAUUAGAUAACUUCCAAAUUAAAGUUUUUUUUUAAAACAGAUUACUGCAUUAAAGGAAUUUAUGGAUUGUUUAAAUUUGAUUUUAAAAUAAAUAACAAAAUUAAUACAUUAUGAUGAGCAAAAUACAGAACUUAUUUCCGAUUUUUCCUUAAGAGAAAAAUAAUAGAAGUUGGAGCAAACAAUGAGAUGAAAGGAGUUUUAAUAGCAAAUCUGACUCAUACCAAAUGCUUAAGGGAAACCCUUGGGGGGGAAAAAGGUUAGAACACAUGUUCUGUAUGUUCAACAUGAUGUACAUAGCCAUACCUACUGUCAUGGACUAAAUAUAGUGCAUUCCACAAAAUCACGCUCUUACUUAUGGUCAGCUAUUGAUUAAAGACAAAAAAACAAAGGAACAGUAAGUUACAAACUACUGUCAUUUUUUUAGUGUGCUAGCCUGUAACAGCUCUUAAUUUUUUAUUCUCAAUUUCUUUCAAUAAAGUAACUGGACAAUGUUUUUCUAUAAUUCUGAGGUUAUGCAUGGCAGCUUGCGGAUUCUGAUACAAUUUCUAUAGGUGUUAAAAUGUAAGAGAUUUUGAGAUUUCCUCAACAAAUUGACCUAAAUGUUUCUUCAAUAAAGCAAAGAUAACACUUUUUCUAA